CUCCUCCCAAAAGUUCCGGUUUCUCUACGUGUGUCUAACUUAUGCUGCAGAAGUGUCUUUGUGCUGCUGUAUUAAGAUAAAUAAUCAUGUCUCUAGAGGUGGAAUCUGCCGACGUUAUUCGUCUGAUUAUGCAGUACUUAAAGGAAAACAAUCUGCACCGGACUCUGGUCACACUGCAGGAGGAGACCACAGUGUCUCUAAACACUGUGGACAGUAUAGAGAGCUUCGUGGCAGACAUAAACAGUGGUCACUGGGAUACUGUCCUGCAAGCCAUCCAGUCUCUGAAACUGCCAGAUAAAACCUUGAUAGACCUUUAUGAACAGGUUGUCUUGGAGCUUAUUGAACUGAGAGAGCUUGGUGCAGCUCGUUCACUCCUCAGGCAGACAGAUCCCAUGAUUAUGCUGAAGCAGACCCAGCCUGAAAGAUACAUCCACCUGGAGAAUCUGCUGGCUCGCUCCUACUUUGAUCCCAGAGAGGCAUACCCGGAUGGCAGCAGUAAGGAGAAGCGUCGGGCGGCCAUUGCUCAGGCCCUGGCAGGGGAAGUCAGCGUGGUGCCCCCUUCUCGUCUCAUGGCUCUGCUGGGACAGGCUCUGAAGUGGCAGCAGCAUCAGGGUCUCCUGCCUCCUGGUAUGACCAUUGACUUGUUCAGAGGUAAAGCUGCUGUCAAAGAUGUGGAGGAGGAACGCUUCCCCACCCAGCUCACCAGGCACAUCAAGUUUGGACAGAAAUCUCACGUGGAGUGUUCCCGCUUCUCUCCUGAUGGUCAGUAUCUGGUCACUGGCUCAGUGGACGGCUUCAUUGAAGUCUGGAAUUUCACCACAGGCAAAAUCAGAAAGGAUCUGAAGUAUCAGGCUCAGGAUAACUUCAUGAUGAUGGAUGAUGCAGUGUUGUGUAUGUGCUUCAGUCGAGACACAGAGAUGUUGGCCACAGGAGCCCAGGAUGGAAAGAUCAAGGUGUGGAAAAUCCAGAGCGGUCAGUGUCUGAGGAGAUUCGAACGGGCUCACAGCAAAGGAGUAACUUGUGUCAGUUUCUGUAAGGACAGUGGUCAGCUGCUCAGCGCCUCCUUCGAUCAGAUUAUCAGAAUCCAUGGACUGAAAUCGGGUAAAACUCUGAAGGAGUUCCGUGGUCAUAGUUCAUUUGUUAAUGAGGCCACCUUCACUCCAGAUGGCCAUCACAUCAUUAGUGCUUCCUCUGAUGGUACAGUCAAGGUGUGGAACGUGAAGACCACAGAGUGCAGCAGCACCUUCAAACCUCUCGGCACGUCUGCCGGCACAGACAUCACAGUGAACAACGUCAUCCUGCUGCCCAAGAAUCCAGAGCACUUUGUAGUGUGUAACCGCUCCAACACAGUGGUCAUCAUGAACAUGCAGGGACAGAUCGUGAGGAGUUUCAGCUCUGGUAAGAGAGAAGGUGGUGACUUUGUGUGCUGCACUCUGUCGCCGCGUGGUGAGUGGAUCUAUUGUGUGGGUGAAGACUUUGUGCUCUACUGCUUCAGCACAGUCACCGGCAAACUGGAGAGAACACUGACGGUCCAUGAGAAGGAUGUGAUUGGAAUCGCCCACCACCCCCACCAGAACCUCAUCGGCACAUACAGUGAGGACGGUCUGCUUAAGCUCUGGAAACCUUAAAGCUUCGUCCCAAAAGGAGAAUGGACGUUCUCGUUCAGCAGCUGCUCCCCUCACUCUGGACAUUACUCCAUCUACUUUUAGUUUUUUUGACAUUUGACCACGCUGGUGAAUCCUGUCCAUCUCUAUGUGGACCUGAAGGUUUAUAUGUGUCAGAGCACCUUCAGUUAACACACAAGGCUUUAAAAAUGGUCAAGUGUAAUUAAUAACAAAGGAGGAGGGUUGCCAUGUUUGAGCUGAUGAGAAGUCUGUAAACUCAGAUUCUUUUUUGAAAUUUCCACUUUUUGUAAAUAAAUUUUUGUAGGCUUUUUUUUUAUUUUUUGUUUUUUCCAAUGAGACCUGGUUAAAUAGUCUGUGGUCACAUGUUUGUGUGUGUGUUAUGUCUGAAAUGAAAGGUUUCUUUUCAAAAGCAAAGGCCACGAUGCCUUAAAUUAUUCAGUUGCUAAAAUUUGGCUAAUCAGAAACAGCUGUUUCUUAACAGCAGUCAAAAGAUCUGAUUGUUUCAGUUUGAGGUUACUGUCCUCACUGAGAGGAAGGCUUUUGGAACAAAAACAAGUCAAAUGUUUGUUUUUUUCCCCCUGUUGCAUUUUCAUUCAUAUGAAUGUGGCAAACAAAAAAAUCGUUGAAUUUCUCAAAUUGAAUGACCUGUAACCUGUUGGUUGUGCAAAUAUCCAAUGUAACAUUUAUUUUCUUUACCAUUAAAACUAUUUAACCAGA